AUCGCUCUUUUUCUCAGACUCCACGACACGUGUAGCUUUUAGUGGCCAGUUCUUCCCUCUUUAUUGUAAAUACUCAGUAAUGCCUCCUAAAAAAACAGCACCAGCAGCGGAAGACACCGCCGAUCUGCCCCCAAGCGAUGCCCCGGUGGAAGAGAAGAAAUCAAAUGCUGCGGCGCUGCGCAAACUUGCGACCCAUCCCUCCACCGCAAUAAUGGUGAAGGAAGCCCUGAAAGAGCUGGACUCACGCAAGGGCGUCUCCUCCCAAGCGAUCCAGAGUUUCAUCGGACAGAAAUACCCCUCUGUGGAUUUGGUGAGGCUGAAGCACCUGGUCCGCAGGGCCCUGAAGAAAGGAAUCGAGACCGGCACGCUGGUGCGACCCGCCAACUCCAAUGUCACCACUGGCGCAACUGGGAAAUUUCGGCUCGCGCCAAACGCGAAGGAGGCCAAGCCAAAAACUGAGAAUGUUGAUCCCAACGUGCUGAAGGAGGCAAAGGAUGUAGCCAAGAAGCUCAAGAAAGCGGGUGCUGCGAAGAAGAGCGAUGCUGAUAACGAAGAGGACAAAUCUAAGGAGGAAGCCAAACCUCCAAAGAAGCCAAAGAAGGAAAAAGAACUUUCCACCUCAGACCCACCUACUUCAAAGGUUGCGCCAGCCAAAAGGCCAAAAGCGAAAAAGGCUGUGCCGAAGGUGAAGGAGGACGGUGAAGGAGCCUCUGAAGCACCAAAGACUACCAAGGCAGGAAGGCCAUCUCGGAGCAAAGCUGCUAAAGCAGGCAGCGACCCACCCACUGUUAAAGCAACUGGAAAACGAGGGCGGAAGACUGCUGAAUAAAUAUACACUGAACUGAUAUUUUAUACUGUUUUGCAAUAAAAUCUUAAUUUUCUGA